AUGGAAGGGCAUUAUUUCAAGGCUUAUGAGUUGUCAAAGACCGAAUGGAAGGAUGUUAACGACCUGAACCAGGUCCUGAAGAUCACUCAGUUAAUCCAAUCCAAGUUUGAUGAUCAAGUAGCGCACCUCAAGUCGGUUGAGCCAGAACCAUCUCAUCCAAAAGAUUCACAGUCUCAUCAAACUAGCCCCACCAAAUCUGACUCCGAUGGCGAAGAUUUCAACUUCUACCCCGAAAAUCCCGAAUCUGUCGAGGCCAACUCAGAAAUCCAGCGCUACAUCAAGGGUGAUUUCCCAUUGGACAAAAGAGGGUGUGUGCUAUCCUGGUGGAAGGCUGAAUCCUGA